AUAUUUUCAACUAAUGCAAUUGGUGCUUACAUUCGGAAACAGUGGUACAGCCAUGCAGCAUAGUCGAUCAAACAUUUGAAAGGUGCAGAACUGGGUCAAGCUUCAGUUUAAAAUGGCAUCAUGUAUGUAUACAGUAUUCAUGCUGGUUGGUCUGGUGUCAGUACCACAGGUUAUUGGAGGCAUUGGCUUCUUCUGGCACGUGGCUGACCUCCACUAUGACCCCAAUGUAUUCCCAGACACUCAGCAGAAGCCGUACGGUGACUAUGUCAAUGACUCCCCCUGGUCUCUUGUCAACAGCUCUUUACACGCCAUGAAGCAGAUUGAACCUAACGCAGACUUUAUACUCUGGACAGGAGAUACAGGACCUCACAGAAAGAACAGCGUUGAAAAUACCAUCAGCAUCAUUCACGAUGUGACUAAUCUAUUUAUUGAAGUAUUUCCGAAUACGGUGGUAUAUGCGGCCUUCGGUAACCAUGACUACUCCCCGCCAGACCAAUUUCCGCCGCAUGAAAAUAACAUUUACUACGCAGCAGCAAACAUGUGGCAACGAUGGUACCGCGAUUCCACGGCAAAGAAAACACUACUGAAAGGUUAUUGCAUCUAUAUGUUACGCCGGGCCAUUGAAUCAUUGACACAAAAAAUCUUUUUGCUGUGA